AUGGGCGGGUGCGAAAGCAAGGCCACCACCGCGAAUGAGUUCCAAGUUGACGCUGCCAGGCAUCCGAAUCUGCAGCGCCUGGCGUUGACCACCACGGAAAAGAUGGGCUGGAUUCCCGACCUUCCGGACCACCGCGACCAUUACAUGAGCUUCAAGUCCAUCGACACGCCCAAGGCUUUGUUCUCGAAGGACCUCAAGAAGAAGACCGAAGGCAAGAAGGAGAUCGUGGACUUAAGGCCCCUCAACGGUGGCUUCAAAAUCUUCAACCAAGGACAUUUGGGUAGCUGCACGGCGAAUGCUUUGGCGGCCUCUUUCCACUUUACCCUGCACAAAGAGAAUGUGGAGAGCCACGCGGACUUGAAGGACUUCACACCGAGCCGCCUCUUCAUCUACUACAACGAAAGGUACGUUGAGGGCAGUGUGGACCAAGAUGCUGGCGCGAUGUUGCGUGAUGGAGUCAAGGUCAUGGCAAAGAUGGGCGUGUGUCCGGAGUCCAUGUGGAAGUAUGAUGACGGCGAUGACUUCUUCAAGAAACAGCCAAGCAAGGACUGCUAUGACUUCGCCCAAAAAUGUACGGUGAAGAGCUACGCGCGGGUGGAGCAGAAUGUGGAGCAGAUGAAGGCUUGCAUCAAGCAUGGCUAUCCCUUUGUGUUCGGCUUUACCGUGCUGACGAGCUUUCAGGAAGCCGCCAAGGACGGCAAGAUGGUGAUGCCCCAGAAGAACGACCAGGUAAGGGGAGGCCAUGCCGUGUGCGCCGUGGGCUACGAUGACUUCCAGCAGUGCUUCAUCGUACGGAACUCCUGGGGCGAGGAAUGGGGUGACAAGGGUUACUUCUACAUGCCCUAUGAGUACAUUCGUGAGGAACAGCUGGCUCAGGACUUUUGGGCGAUCAAUUGGGUGGAGGGCUUCAAGGAUGCUGCGCCGAAGAAGUUCUAA